CUCCCCUCCAUGGUUCUCAUUCUCCAUCACUAGAAAUUUAAGAUUAAAGGAACUUUACUAUAUUUCAAGUACAGUUUAAUCCAUUAAGAUGGAUCUCCUUCAUAGCAAUGGCGUGCUUAUCAUUCAGCAUUUACAGAGGGACUACAGGGCUUACCAGGAUUUCCUUAAUUUUAUGUCACAUGUUGGCGAUCCCCGGAAUAUAUUCUCAAUUUAUUUUCCUCUUUGGUUUCAGCUCAACCAAGUGGUUGGUACUAAAAUGAUAUGGGUGGCAGUCAUUGGUGAUUGGUUCAACCUCAUAUUUAAAUGGAUUUUAUUUGGCCAUCGCCCAUACUGGUGGGUGCAAGAAACAAUGAUUUAUCCCAAUCAGUCAAGCCCAUGCCUUGAACAGUUUCCUAUUACAUGUGAAACUGGACCAGGAAGCCCAUCUGGACAUGCCAUGGGAUCUUCCUGCGUCUGGUAUGUAAUGGUCACAGCAGCACUUAGCUACACAGUUAGAUGGAAAGAUAAAUCAGCAGUUACCCUUCACAGACUGACAUGGUCAUUCCUCUGGAGUAUUUUUUGGAUUAUCCAGAUCAGUGUGUGCAUCUCGAGAGUAUUCAUAGCAACACAUUUCCCUCAUCAAGUUAUUCUUGGAGUAUUUGCUGGCAUUCUUGUGGCAGAAGCAUUUGAACAUACCCCUGCUAUUCAGACAGCAAGCUUGAGAAUGUACAUCAAGACAAACUUGUUUCUUUUCAUCUUUGCCCUUGGCUUUUAUCUAGUCCUCAAGCUUCUUGAUAUUGACUUGCUAUGGUCUGUUCCAAAGGCCAAGAAGUGGUGUGCCAACCCAGACUGGAUAAACAUUGACACAACUCCAUUUGCUGGACUGGUGAGGAAUUUAGGUGCGCUCUUUGGCUUAGGUUUUGGAAUUAAUUCUGAAAUGUUCGUCAUGAGCUGCAAAGGUAAAAAUAGCUGUAAGAUAAGUUUCCGCAUAUUGUGUAUAGCUGCUUCUUUAGCUACACUGCAGCUGUAUAAUUUUGUUAAGAUACCUACUCAUACUGAGUAUUUGUUCUACAUUCUCUCUUUUUGUAAGAGUGCAGCUAUGCCUCUGACUGUAGUUGCCUUGGUUCCGUACUGUGUCCACUCGUUAAUGAGGACAACUGAAAAGAAACUUAAUUAGAUAAAGUUUCCAAAUGGUUAGCAAUGUGGGGAUGGAGAUGAACUGUUCAAGAACCCUCCACAAAGGCAGUUUUGCUAACUUAUUUUAACCAAGGGGGAUGCCACUGCAUCUUUCAUGUGCUCCUGGUAAGUAACCAGUUCAUCCAAAAUCAGUACAUUCAAGAAUGACUUUGGCAGCUCAGAAAUAUUAAUUGCUGAUUUUAUUCAUAGAAAUAUUGCAACCACACUGCAGUAUGGUUAGAAAUGACCCAAUACUCUGGGUCAUAACAAUGUUUUACAGUAUAAUCAACUAGUUUUAUUUAGCUACUUGGUGGUCUUUUAGUUCUGUCCAUCUCCAGCUAGAUGGUGCUUCAAGCCUCAAUUGUACAUAGUGAUACUCAAUAUUUAAUUUAUUUAUAUAUAGGUAUUGUGUGUUAAACUGCUAGAUACUGGUGUGACAGUAUCACACCAACUACAACUGUACAGCUGUACCCAGGCACUGUGAAAAAGGCCAGCAUAGUUACAAACAAGGCUUUAGAUUUAACUUACUGAGCUUCCUGAGCAAAGCAGCUUCUGAUUAAGCCACAUGAGAAAAAAAUAAAAGUUUAUUUCAAUUA